GCCCGGGAGCGGCGGGACGGGCCGGGCCUGAGGGGACGGGACAGGCCGGGACGGGCUGAGGGCACGGACGGACGGGCCGUGUGGGCUUCGGCCGCCGCCGCCGCCCGGGGGCCGCGCCGCCCGCGGGCACAGCCAUGGAGUGCAGGGACAAAGGGGCUGUUCCUCCUCGGAAGCUCGUGCAAGCUCGACUGCCCUUCAAGCGCCUCAAUCCGGUGCCCAAGGACAAAUAUGAGGUGGAUCCCGAGGUGAAGAAAGCCAAGAGCUCCCCCAGCAAAGAUCCCACCCUGGAUUCAUCCGGCACGUCCCUGGACAACGUGGAGAACGACUGCCAGCUGGGCCCUGAUGGGAAUUUCAGCCCCAAACUCGUCAAUGGGAAAGGCCCCUUGGAUCACUUCAUCCAGAAAAACCCCAGGGGUGCCACAAAUGACCCUGAGCCCCCCAAGGGCUCUGCCCACGGACUCGGUGAUGCCACAACCCGGGGGGGUUUGGACCCUCCAGCUGCUCCCCCCAGCAGGGCAGGGAAGGAGGGGAAGCAACUGAGCUGCCUGAGCUCCCCCCAGAGCGCCCACGGAGCGGAUCCCACCGGGAAUGCAGCUGGAGAAGGCGGGCUGGGAGGUGGGAGCCAGCCCUGCUCCCCCUGCAGGGCCCUGGGAGGCGGCCAGAGCGAACUGAGGGCCGUGCUCUUCGAGGGGAAGGUACCUGUGGUGCUCCUGCAGGACAUCAUGGCCGGCAGAGACCCCCAGGGGGCUCCUCCCGAGGGGAACGAGGCCCUGGAAUCGUCUCCCGAGGGAGAUUCGGGACUGAGCGAGUCCUCCCUGAGCUCCGGGAGCUCCCCCGAGCUCGGGGUGGGACCCAAGAGGAACACAAACCCUUUGGCUGCCUCCACCCCCCUCAGGAAGGUGCCUCAGAAAUUCCACAGGAGCUCAGCAGAGAAGGAGAAGCUGAGGUUGCAAAGGGAUCAGGAGAGAGCAGACAAGCUCCAGAAGCUGCAGGCAGAGAGGGAGGAGAAGGGCAGGCUGAAGGAAGAAGCCAAAGCCGCCAAAGAACGAGCCAAGGAGGAGGCAAAGAAGAGGAAAGAGGAGGAGAAGGAGCUGAAGGAGAAGGAAAGGAGGGAAAAGAAGGAAAAAGAGGAGAAGGAGAAGGCAGAGAAGCUGAGGGUGAAGGAGGAGAAGCGCAAGGAGAGGCAGGAAGCUUUGGAGGCAAAACUCGAGGAGAAGAGGAAGAAAGAGGAGGAGAAACGGUUAAGAGAGGAGGAAAAGCGGAUCAACGCCCAGAAAGCAGAAAUCACCAGGUUCUUCCAGAAACCAAAGACUCCUCAAGCCCCCAAGAUCCUCGCAGGCUCCUGUGGGAAGUUCGCCCCUUUUGAGAUCAAGGAGAACAUGGUUUUGGCUCCCCUCAGCCGUGUUGUCCCAGAUCCAGACUCCUUGGAACAGCUGGAUAAGCUCCUGCCCGCCCAGGACUGCGAAGUGUCCUUCCUGAGGGACCUGAAAUGUCGCAAACCACGAAAAUCCGGCGCCACCUGGGUCAGGAACAGGACUGACACAGUGAACAGUGACGUGGUGGUGGUGGACAGCUGCCAGAGGGACGGCGUUCCCGACAGGGAGCAGUUCGGCAGGAUGAAGCUGCUGCAGUUCAGCGAGAACCACCGGCCUGCCUACUGGGGCACCUGGAACAAGAGCACCACCCUCAUCCGUGCCAGGAACCCCUGGGCCAAGGACAGUAAACUGCUGGACUAUGAAGUGGAUAGUGAUGAGGAAUGGGAAGAGGAGGAGCCUGGAGAGAGUCUCUCCCACAGUGAAGAGGAUGAUGAAGAGGAGGGAGAGGACGAAGAUGAGGACGAUGGGUUUUUUGUACCCCAUGGGUACCUAUCUGAAGAUGAAGGUGUGACAGAGGAGUGUGACCCAGAGAACCAGAAGGUCCGUCAGAAGCUGAAGGCCAAGGAGUGGGAUGAACUCAUCGCCAAGGGCAAGAGGUUCCACGUCCUGCAGCCUGUGAAGAUAGGCUGUGUCUGGGAGGGGGCAGAGCAGGACAGCGGCACAAACCCCGACCUCAAGGUUCUCCAGCAGUUCACAGCCUGUGUCCUGGACCCACCUGUGGCAGAGGAAGAGCAGCAGACCCAGAAGUGUAGCAAAAAAAGAGCCAGAGAUCAGCAAAUCCUGGGCCACCUCCUGCCUCUGCUGCACGGCAACGUCAACGGGAGCAAGGUGAUCAUCCAGGAAUUCCAGGAGUGCUGCCGGCAGGGACUGUUCAGUGGCGCGGCCGGGGGCAGCCAGGGGAGCCCCCUAAACCCCCAGCCCCCCUGUGGGGGGGAGGACAUUGGGGUGCCCUCCAAGGCCAGGCUAAAGAGGAUCAUCUCGGAGAGCUCGGUGUACGAGAAGCGGCCCGAGCACCGCAUGUGCUGGUACGUGCACAUGGACGUGCUCCGCAGCUUCCAGCAGGAGCACCUGCCCGUGCCCUGCCAGUGGAACUACGUCACCCAGGUGCCCUGCUCCGGGCUGCCCUGUGGGGUGAAGGAGGAGGGGACCCCCGUGUUGGGCACGGUUGGACCGCAGAGCAACCCCGCGCCGGCCAAGAGGAAGGGCGUGGGCAGCAUGUCCAUCACCAGGUUCAUGAAGAGAGCGCGGAGGGACGGGCAGGCUGAAGCUGUGGAGAUGGAUGGGUUUCAGGCAGACACCGAGGAAGAUGAGGAAGAUGAUGACUGCAUGAUUGUGGAUGUACAGCCAGCAAAAGACUCUACAGCUUCAGAACCCAGUGGUACAAGAGCUGCUCCCCAGGACACCAGCCCAACUGAUACAGUUUGAGACUUAAAAUGCCUACUAACUCCUCUGUAUGUAUGUAGAAUGAGUUAGAAAACUUUAAACCCUGUGUAUCUUUGCCCAAGAUACUUGAAAGUAUUCCACAUUUCUUGUAAAGAGAAGACAGCACUUUGUUCUGCUUCAGCCCAGAUGGAAGCUUAAAUGUUUUUUUUUAAUUAGUUCUAGCUUUUUAGCUUGGUUUUUUUUAAUUAAAAAAAAAAAACAAAAAACAAAAAACCACAAAACUGCAUAUUAAUCUGACCUUAAUAAAGCAUUAUUGAAAUUUUGAUACUUCUUUGUAAUGGAAGGUAUCUAAGUUAUCUCUAAGAGGAGCUGAGGGAUUUUUUGGGAUAAGCUUAUUGUGAUGCCACGGGGUGGGGGGGGGGAAUGACUGUUCAUAAUGUUGUACAGCGUGGCCUUGGCUAUAAAUGAUGUACAAUUAUAUAUGGAUUUAUGCUCUUGUAC